AACCGCAACGUCUGAUCGAUUUCAGUUUCGCGCUAGCUGAUAGUAGGGUCGGUCGUUGGUUCUGAUCUCAGCUACACGAAAUUUGUGCAAGUUGUGUUCCUGCUGAGUGCACAUCCCGCUCGAUAAUCCUGCUGUGCUCAAGUGAUGGCCUUCGAUAUCGCCAUGGAUUCGGAGUUUGUGAGGGAGAUCAGGAUGGAGAUCUCCAGGAUGAACAACACGGAUAUAUCUGGAUUCGUCCAUUUGGCUGUUGACAAAUACCAUACCAUUUUGGACAGGAUAAGCGACCCAAGAACUUCUGAUUGGCCUCUGAUGCAGAGUCCUAUUCCAACAAUCAUGAUGGUUUUGACCUACAUAUACGUCAUAUUGUUCCUUGGACCAAAGAUGAUGGCAAAUAGGAAACCUUACAAACUCAGGGAAGUCCUCAUAUUGUACAAUGGAGCUCAAGUCCUUUACAGUUGUUUUAUGUUAUAUGAGCACUUGAUGAGUGGGUGGUUCUGGGAUUACAGCUACAAAUGUCAGCCGGUGGACUAUUCUACCAAUGAUAAAGCUCUAAGGAUGGCAACCUUAUGUUGGUGGUAUUAUAUUUCGAAACUUUCUGAAUUCGCGGACACGCUUUUUUUCGUCUUGCGUAAAAAGGAUAGUCAGAUAACGUUCCUGCACCUGUAUCAUCACAGUCUGACGCCCUUGGAGACCUGGAUUCUUGUGAAAUUCCUCGCUGGUGGGCAUGGUACAUUUUCGAACCUAAUCAACAACAUAGUACAUGUAUUGAUGUACUUCUACUACAUGGUUUCUGCAAUGGGUCCUGAAUACCAGAAAUAUUUAUGGUGGAAGAAAUACAUCACCACCAUACAAUUGUCCCAAUUCUUCCUGGUGUUCAUCCACUCUGCCCAGUUACUGUGGUCAGACUGUGGAUACCCCAGAUUCAUCGGACCUCUGCUGCUGAUCCAUUCCACGAUAUUCUUCGUACUCUUCUCCAAUUUCUAUCGUCAGGCUUACAAGAAGAAAGAAGACAAGAGCCUGAAGACUAUCAACAAUAAUAAUAAGAUCGAUUAGAUUACGCCAAUUACGUUUCGUGACGUUCUUAUAAUUUUAAAUCUAUCAGAAUAUCCAAAGGGAAUAGUUUAUAGGAAUUUUUUCAGGAAGAAAAGCAUGAUUUUGAGUGGAAGUUGGGUGUUAGUGAGAAAUAGGAAGGUACUUUGGAGUUGCUGGGAAAUUUCAAGUUGAAAACAUUAUUGGUUUCUACUUACACCAUGAAAGGUGUACAGUCUGAAACCUAUACUUCUGUUACGAAGGAGAGAGGGCUCUGUUGAAAAAUUCUCAGUAAUAUUUGAAAAAGGGGGAAAGAUAUGAAGAAAAUCCAACUCCAAAGUAGUUUUUCUAUCAGAAGAAUGACGAUUUUCUCUAGCUGCUUCAUCCAAAAAGAAUGCUUUUCAAUUUUUCUAACUGUAAAUACAUAAAACUGAAAAGAAGAUAUAAUAACAAAAGCGGAGUUCACAAUGCUUCUUUUAAAAAAAUGGUGACCAAAAAUCAAUCGAAAAUGGUGAAAGUAUCACGAUCAUAACCCUCCUAGUACCAGAUUCACCCUAGAAAUCAAUAUCACCAUCAGUGAAGGAAGAUAAAACAGCUGGACAAUUUUUUUGAACCAUCGGCCUAGACAGGUUAGGGCCAGGCCAUUUUAGGUACUUCUCCACACCAAACGAUGAAAUCUAUAUAAUUUUCAAGCCAGCAUAAAACACUCUGAGCUUCCUAGGCUCCCAAAAAAAGUCCUAGCUACGCCACUGCAGAUCGCAAUUGAACCGAAAUGAAUUCAAGUUUCCAUCAAGCAAUUUCCGAAAUUCUAGUUCAUCUCUUUUGUUUCAUUCAAGAACAAAAGAAAACUUGGUGGUUUUUCCUUUUUUCUUAGAUUCCUCUCAAAAUAGUUCAUUGAAGUACAACAAGUGAGAGACUGUAGUUUUAUGUUUUGUAAAUAUAAUCAUAAGUCUAUCUUUAUACCUAGUCAUGUACGUAACGUAUGUCCGUUUGUAUUAUUGUUUUGAAAAUGUCGCAUAUUGCUGAAAAAUGAAUGUUCCGAUUAUGGAUAGAAUGAAACUUCCACAAUCUGUUCAUAUGAACCAAGGGUUGAAGACAAUUUGAAUUUUCAUUUUUUGGCUAUAUUAAUCUGUCACACCCUGUAAAUACCUUACUAUAAGAAUUCGAUGGAACUCAAAAUUUUGGCAAAUAUUUCUAUCCAUAAUUCUCUUAUUGCUCAAUUUAAUGAUUAGUGUUUACAAGCUCAAAUUUUUUUUUCUUCGAUUAGCCAUGAUAUGUGUGUUAUCAGAAAAACUUCAAUCACUUCAGAAACCAUUUAUUGAAUUAUCAUUUUUUGAUAUUAGUAGAGCACUUCCGCAUUGAUUUGUACCUACAAUUCUACAGCUUUCGAAAACUCAUUCAUUAUUUUGAAGAAUUUCCUAACAUUUUGAAAUUGACCGAAAGAAUUUCAAGUAUGAAUUCAAUGUUUAAUCGAAUUCUGGAUCUGUUGAGUAAUCAGAAGAAAUGAUAUCAUGUGAAGAUCGUUUUGAUUUUUGAAUUGAAUUUUGAUUUAAUAAAAAUACAUAUUCUUAAGUUGUAGAGUUGUAUCAACUUAUUCAGAUCAUAUGAAAAACGGUUCCUUGGGACAUCUUUCAUGUCUGGUGAAUGUGAGUUUUCAAUAUGUAAGUUCAAUCAAAACCUGUUUUUUCGAAUUUUAUACCAUUGAAUAAAUAUGUAUAUUUUA